AUGAUGAGCUCUCGUUUAAUGUCGUCUGCUCUCACGAGCCUUACCCGUAGAAUGGGUGGAGUGAGUCUCUAUACUGUCAAAAAGCCGACAACAACCAUGAUGUCGUCCUCCUACAGCACCCUCGGCGGCUCCCUGACGAUUCCAUCAUCGACAACCACCACUGUCUUGCCCGUCCUGGGAUCGUUGAAUGCCAUGGAUGGUCCCUUUUGGCAGGUCAGCCGAUCCGUUACGCGUAAAAAGAGACUCGAGAGGAGGCGAAAACGAAAAGAGGCCGCCAGAAAGGAAGCCAAAAUGCUAGAAGGACAGACACUGGAAGAAACCGAGGAAGUGGCAGCACCCCAGCACGAAGCUUGGGUGGACUUUCAAAAAUCCAUCUCCGUCAAGGGAUUCCAAACGGGUCAAAUUACAAAGGCUCGGGUCCGGAAAAAGGGAGAAAUUGGUCUCAAACUAAAGGAUCAUAAACGACGUGAAAAACUGGAAAUGAGAAUGGCAGCCAAACGUCCAGAGCUGGCCGAUGUCCGUGGUGGUGAGUUCCCUACCAAACGAUAUUCCGACGAGGAAACGGAACGUCUCUUGGAGUUGGCGUAUGCUGCCAUUCCGCCCCGAGCGGGAAAGCGAGGGACCCGCAACCUCAGAAGGCAAAGUCGACGUUGGUUCUUGGUCCGGAAGAUUCAUCGCAAAUACAAACAGCAGAAGAUUGCGGCACACUUUCGAUUGAUGGAAGAACGAUCCAAACGAAUGCAAGAAAUCAAGGCGGUCAAGGCAGAAGCUCCCGACACGCGGGCUCGUGAUCGAGCGUAUCAACGACAAGUCUUACAACGAUGGAUGAAGGACCUGAAAUCCCAUCAGGGUGGGUUUGAGCAGGUGAUUCAAGCCGAAGCAACUGUCAUUGAAGAUAAAUCGUAA